GGCGCCGGAAGUCGGGGUGCGAAGGAUCCCGGACGCCGGCCGACCGCUGCCUGCUCUAAGCUGAGGUGCUGGGCCGCCAUGGUCUCAGACGAAGAUGAAUUGAAUCUUCUAGUUAUCAUAGUUGAUACCAACCCAAUUUGGUGGGGAAAACAAGCAUUGAAGGAAUCUCAGUUUACUUUAUCCAAAUGCAUAGAUGCUGUGAUGGUGCUGGGAAAUUCCCAUUUGUUCAUGAAUCGUUCCAACAAACUUGCUGUCAUAGCAAGUCACAUUCAAGAAAGUCGAUUUUUAUAUCCUGGAAAGAAUGGCAGACUCGGAGACUUCUUUGGAGACCUUGGCAACCCUCCUCCUGAAUUUAAUCCCUCAGGGAGUAAAGAUGGAAAAUAUGAGCUGUUAACAGCAGCAAAUGAAGUUAUUGUUGAAGAGAUUAAAGAUCUAAUGACCAAGGGUGACAUAAAGGGUCAACAUACAGAAACUCUGCUGGCAGGAUCCCUGGCCAAAGCCCUUUGCUACAUUCACAGAAUGAACAAAGAAGUCAAAGAUAAUCAGGAAAUGAAAUCACGGAUAUUGGUGAUUAAGGCUGCAGAAGACAGUGCAUUGCAGUAUAUGAACUUCAUGAAUGUCAUCUUUGCAGCACAGAAACAGAAUAUUUUGAUCGAUGCCUGCGUUUUAGACUCUGAUUCAGGGCUCCUACAACAGGCUUGUGACAUCACAGGAGGCCUGUACUUGAAGGUGCCUCAGAUGCCCUCACUUCUGCAGUAUUUGCUGUGGGUGUUUCUUCCCGAUCAAGAUCAGAGAUCUCAGUUAAUCCUCCCACCCCCAGUUCAUGUUGACUACAGGGCCGCUUGCUUCUGUCAUCGAAAUCUCAUUGAAAUCGGCUACGUCUGUUCUGUGUGUUUGUCAAUAUUCUGCAAUUUCAGCCCUAUCUGCACUACGUGCGAGACAGCCUUUAAGAUCUCUCUGCCUCCAGUACUCAAGGCCAAGAAAAAGAAACUGAAAGUGUCUGCCUGAGAAUGAUGAUUGGCCCCAUCUUUUAGAGCUAUUAAUAGAGACUGUACGGCAGAGUCUUUGUUGGGAAGGCUCUGAAAAAAAUACAGAUAUGUAUAGGAUAAUUUUUAAUGUAGUGAGAUUCUUACAGGACAUACUCCCAAAACACCCUUCUCAUCCUGUGCUUCUGGGGGACCGAUUUGUUUGAGGGAGUCAUUCUAUGCACUGUAUCCUAAAAUCUUCCAUGACUGGUUUUUGUCCAGAAAGGGGAAAGAAAGCACUAAUUUGUGGCUUUUAUUUUUUUAAUAGGAUGAUCAUUUGUCAAAGUCAGCCUAUCAUGACUGAUUGUUUUAGAAGCCAAAAUAUAGGUCUUUACUGUGAAUUGUAUGACAUGAGAAAUUUGAACACAUCUUUGUGAAAAGGGACUAUUUAUGGAGUAAUGGCAUUAAUCGCGAUAGAACAUCUUAACAGUUAACUUCAACAAUAGUCAUAUAAAUAAAAUCCGUAUUGUCUAAAUUGAAAUUUGGCUUCAGAUAUUAUCAGAUUUUUCUUUGUCUGGUAUCAGUACAUAUUUGGACAAUUUUAUGCAAAUAAUAAUAGUUUGUCACCAAAUACCUACAAAACCUGAUUUUACAUGAGUAAGAGGAGCAAGUGCAUUAGUGUGGUAGUAAAUUUUUCUUCACAAACAGUUGGGUGAAGAGCUUAUUUGUGAGAGCUAAUGUCUGGUUCCACGGGGAAUUUACUGGGGAAAAUGAACUCUGUGUUAAGUGUUGUUCCCAGAUAGAAUUCUUCCUUUUUUUAGUGGGGGAAAAAAUACAUUAAUAUUGGAAACUGUACUCUACAAGCUUUGGAGUGAAUACCGAAAACUUUUAUAAGUUAAAAAAAAUUAUUUGUAAUUUCAACAAUAAAAAAUUUAUUUUUCUAUGUAA